AUGUUUCAUGUCUGGCGGGCUUCGGGAAAAGAACUGGCUGCUGUACCAGAGGAAGAAGUUCGCGAGGUACGAAGCUUGAAACAGAGGUUGCAGAAGCUUUGCGGUGUCUCGCGCUUCUGCCAGAGGCUCCUGCAUGAUGGUCAGGAGCUUGACGAUGGAGUUGUGCUGAAGCCGCCCAUGGACAUUCAGCUUGUCGUGCUCCCCUUCGCCGAUACCUCAUGGCUGCAAGCACUGAGGCUCUUAGAGGAGGCUGCAUCGGGCGAUGUGCUGGCGCUCGAGGCGCUUCUGCAGCGACCUCAGGACCCAAACUUCGCGAUGGGGAAAGGGGCCCUCUGCGCGCCUGCUGAAAGCGGCUACGUGGAGGUUGUCCGCAUGUUGCUGGAGGCGGGAGCCGACCCAGAUGCGCCUGGCGAGCGUGGCGAAAGCCCCCUUUGGGCAGCAUCCGCGCAAGGCCACGUGGAAAUCGUGCGUUUGUUGUUGGAGGCCGGGGCAGACAAGGAUGCGCCAGGCCUCGAUUGCCGAACCUCGUUGUGGAUGGCAACUUCAGAAGGUCACGUGGAAAUUGUCAGGCUGCUGUGCGCAGCUGGUGCUGACAAGGAUGCUGCUGCCAACUGCGGUAAGACGCCGUUGAUGGUCGCAUGUUGGAAUGGUCAUGUGCAGAUUGUCAGCUUGUUGUGUGACACUGGUGUUGACUGCAACACAUUGGACAAGUCUGGGAGAAGUCCGCUCUGGGUAGCAUGUCUGACGGGCAAUGUGGAGAUUGCCAGCUUGCUUAUGGAGGCCGGAGCAGACAAGGAUGUCCCAGGGACGGAUGGCCAGAGCCCGCUCUUGCUGUCCUGUAUCCAGGGCCAUGAGGAACUCACAAGCCUGCUCCUGAAGGCAAGGGCGGACUUUGAAGCUCCUGAGAAGGACGGCCGCAGCCCGCUGCUGGUCGCUGCCCUGCAGGGCCACGCGGGAAUCGUGCGCCUGCUGUUGGGGGCCCGUGCCAAUCAUACCCGAAGCUGCGGUGGCCAAACUCCGCUCCAGGCCGCGUCAAGCCGAAGUUACAGUGAAGUGGUGCACGUGUUGGAAGCUGCGAAGGCAAAGAGCAAGCCAAGAUCGCCGGCCCUGGUGGCAUCGACGAGCGCGCGCAGGUAG